AUGAGCUUGUCUGUGACUUCAACUUCCAUAGAUUAUUUCAUGAAAAUGCUGAAUUCUGAGAAGAAUAAAUUCCCUUACAAUCAAUACAACAACUCAUUCAGAUACCUGCCUCAAGACUCCCAACCAGUCCGCCAUCCACAGACCCCUCAAACACAACCUCCUCCAGUUUAUCCGCAAUAUGUAUCCUUCCCAUCGCCCCCAGUGACACAAUCUCUCCCUAUUGCUACCAAUGAAUACCAACAUGCAGUUGCCGAUACUGCUGGUCUUCCCCCUUCCCAACAACAACAUCAUCAACAUCAUCAACAUCAUCAACAUCAUCAACAUCACCACCAGCAGCAGCAGCAGCAGCAACAGCCCUAUAUUUACCCCCCUCAAGUUCAAAAAUAUAAUAUUGAUCCCUCUUCACCAGCUACGGCAACAUCAUCUACAUCUCAACCUUAUACUCCCGAUCAAGGAUCAUACAGAAACUCUUUUUCUUAUGGCUAUCCCUCUUCCUCCAAAAGCUCUGUCAGAAUGGGCCCUCCUCAAUCAGCACCAAGUGGCCAAUCUUCAACAGGAGACGGACUUGGAUACCCAACCAAUUCUCAUAAUAACCACCUAUCUACCACAUCUACCACUGAACCUUCAUUACAAAGAAAUAGUUUCCCAGGCGCCCUUCGCUCUAAUGCUUCUUUAAAUUACUCACAAGACUUGGCGAACCACCAAGUAUCGGUGAUGAAUAACAUCGUUCCUCGGCUUGUGAGAACAACAUCGUUGCCGAUUCACAAAGCCCCUGGUACCAAUGGAACCAGUGGUUAUGCUGCACAUCCCGACCCUCGCCGGUAUCCAAGAGUCUCGUUACAUAUUCAUGGGGAAUUGAAUUCCAUGACUCGCAAUUGGACCGCAAAGGAGAUUCAGAAUGGUCGAAGAUUGGUAAAAUUUGACUGGGUUCAAAAAGGUUCGAGCUUACAAGUGGAAUAUACUCCGAUUGAUCAAACUGAUUACGACCCGGCUGAUACCGUUAUUAGUUGCUUACACUGGGAUCACCCACCAAAAGACAGUUCUUUGAAGACCCAGUAUUUUGUCACUUCGGUAGAUGUCAUUCAACUAUUGGAGCGCUUUGUUAAUCAACGGUUUGCAGUGGAGGAGAAAAAUCGGAUCAGAAGAAAUUUACAAGGCUUGAAACCGUUGACGAUUGCCAGAGCUAAAAAAGAUUAUUUGGAAUUCUUCACCGCGAUAAUGAAGUACCCGGCACCAAGACCAAGAAAUAUUGAAAAAGACGUCAAAGUUUUCCCUUGGGGAUGCCUCAGUGAUGCAAUUCAUCGGGUAUUAAAUAAAUAUAGUUGUGAUUAUGAUGAUUCUUCAUUAAUGCUGCCAUCUCACGAUAGCUACCCAGUAUUAGGUUCACAUCCUCAACAAUUGGGAUCACAUUCUCAACAAUUAGGCUCGUCACAAUCUCAACAAUCGUAUUCUGCUCCAUAUACUCCAACUUUGGACAGCAACUCUAUGAAAUUUACCCCAAUUAACCUUCCAGAAAGUGCUGGUGCCACUUAUCAUUCUUCUUCUUCUCCUUCUUCUGGUAGCGUCCCUGCUGCUCCGCCUACCACAAACACAACUAUUGUUUCAAAUCUUCCUCAACAAUCUCCGCAAUUGAUGGGACCUUCACUACAAACAUAUCACGAACCACAUCCACAGCAACCACCACCACCACCACCACAGCAGCAGCAACAACAGUAUACCAAUUUCCUUCCUGGGGGUGGGUCACAAAUGAUGAAUGCUCCUCAUCAAGUCAAUCCACAGCAGAUGAUGGGCUAUGCUGGACCAUCAAUAUAUCAAUAUGCGUCAUCUUUCAAUUCGCCAUACUCUCAACCGAUGAAACAAGAACCACGCCAAUUUCCUUAUUUUUACGGUAAUGAAGCUGAUUCACAUUCACAAGAUCCCAAACUUAAAAGGGGGGAGUCUUCAUGA